CCACCGUGUCGGGAAGAAGUUUAAAUUUUUUUACGUUAAUAUUUUUGGUUUUUCAAAAGUUGUAACAAAAAUAGGACUCGAAGAUGAGAAUUAUCGUUGAAGAGCACCCAAAUCUGUUAGAUGUGUCCGAGCUGCUGCGGCCGGAGAAAAAUUUUGCCGAUAAAGAAUUGUCCAAGUUUCGCGAUUACACCGUUGACGACAACGACCCCCUGAAGGAGCGGGUUCGGCGGACUUACAAACUGAUGCACACAAAUCAGACGGUCGAUUUCGUUAAAGGGCGCCACGACGACUGGCUUAAGUUCGAUCACUUUAGGUCCAACAUUCGGGAUGCGCUGGAGAGACUCAACGAUUUGGUGGAUGAGUCGGACCCGGAUCUGGACUUGCCGAACAUUAUCCAUGCCUUCCAGACGGCGGAACGCGCGCGCCUAGAGCAUCCCGAACUGGAUUGGCUCCAUUUGACCGGGUUGAUCCACGAUUUGGGAAAGGUGAUGGCUUUCUAUGGGGAACCUCAGUGGGCCGUGGUGGGUGACACGUUUCCAGUGGGUUGCGAGUGGGGCGAAAGCAUUGUUUACCGGAAGGAUAGCUUCGUCGAUAAUCCAGAUGGACGGAAUGUCAAGUACAAUACCAAGUAUGGAAUUUAUGAACCCAACUGUGGUUUGGAAAACUUGACGAUGUCUUGGGGUCAUGAUGAGUACCUCUAUCGAGUGUUGGUUCAUAACAAGAGUACGCUUCCCAAGCAGGCAUUGAACAUGAUUCGUUAUCAUUCAUUCUAUCCAUGGCAUUCGGGAGGUGAUUAUGGCCAUCUCACCAAAGAAGUGGACGAACAAACGAAGGAAUGGGUUCUACUUUUCAACCGUUAUGAUUUGUACACAAAAUGCACAACCGUUCCCGAUGUUGAGGCACUGUGGCCGUAUUAUCAAGGACUGAUCGAUAAGUAUAUUCCCGGGGAGCUUGAGUGGUAAAUUUUACUCCUGUCUACUUAUUUUUAAACUGUUUUAAUAGACUUAAUGGACGCUUUUACACUAGAACUAGUUUUAAAAUUGGUGGAUUAUAUGUUGAUAAUAAAAUAAUUUAUAU